UGUUUCACAACAACCAACUGCAGCUUGACUACACACACUGUGCAACACUGUGCACAGUCUUCUUUGGUUGCCGAUGCCAACGGAUACGUUUGUGCAGAAGGAAGUCCUUUGGUGAAGCGUUCCCUAAUCCUGCAAGAUGUCGGCCGAAGAACCAACGGAAGUGAUGAACCUUGAACCGUCCGCAAUCAUUGGAUUCGAUGGACACGUUGUUUGCGGACUCCGGGUACACCCCGACCAGCGUCAUCUAGUGUUUCCGCUGGGAAAUGAAAUAUCCAUCUACGAGUGUGCCACCAACAGGCAAUCGUUUCUGCGUGGUCACACGAACACAAUAUCCACGCUGGACAUAUCCACCAGCGGACGGAUGGUUGCCUCCGGUCAAUCGAAUCACAUGGGCUUCCGGGCAUUCGUGAUCGUGUGGGAUUGGGAAACGCGCAAGGAAAUAUCACGCCACGAGCUACACCGCGUCCGGGUCCAAUCGCUGUGCUUCUCGUCGAACGAUCAGUUUCUCGUCAGUCUCGGUGGUAAGGACUGUGGGUCCAUCAUCGUGUGGGAUAUCGAGCAGCGGACGGCCAUUUGUGGCACUAUCGCAACCAAGGAAACGACCGGCGAGGCGACCAAGGUGGUGAGCUUAAACAAACGCUUCACAACGUUCGUGUCGGGCGGUGAUCAAAAUUUGCGCGUAUGGAACAUCGAUCGGGAGCGCAAGCGGCUCACGGUGCAGGAUGUGGCCGUGGGCAAGUUGCGACGCGAAUUUACCGGCAUGCGUAUCUCGCCGAACGACGACACACUGUACGUUGGGACGAUGAGUGGCGAUAUCGUGAAGAUUAAUCUCAACUGCAAUCCGAAUCCGAGCGAUCCGUCCCAGGAUAAGAUGCCCGUUCUGCUGGGAUGCUUCGGGAAGCAUAAUGCGAAGAAACCGCCGGGAAAGGAUUGUGAAAAGUAUCAUUACGGUGUGCGCGAUUUGCUGCUGCUUCCGGACGGGAAGCUUAUUAUCGGGGCGGGUGACGGAACGAUCGAUAUGGUUCAGGAGCGUAAUAUGAAUUUCAAAAACUAUCGUGGACCCACGUGGCCGGAGUUGAAGUCGCUGCAAUCAACGAAAAUCGACGGUGUAAUCACAUCGCUUCAGAUACGGAACGGCAAAACCCUGCUAAUCGGUACGAACGGGUGCGAAAUUUAUUCCCUGGAGUUGGCCAACUUUUCCUCCAGCUUACGGCUGCUGAAAACGUGCCACACGAACGCCGUGUACGAUAUAGCAUUUCCCUACAACUUCUCGCUCGUCUUUGCGACGGCCAGCCACGAAUCGAUCCGCAUUUGGUCGACGUCCAAAAUGCAGGAGCUGCUCCGUAUCGUCGUGCCCAACUUUGCCUCCUCGUCGAUCGUGUUCAGCCGCGACGGGAAGAGCAUUAUUUCCGCCUGGAACGAUGGCGUGAUUCGCGCCUUUACGCCACUCACCGGCAAGCUGAUCUACGCGAUACCCAACGCACACAACAAAGGCUGCUCCUCGGUGGCGGUAACCAGCAAUGGAAAGAUUGUGGUGAGCGGUGGCAUCGAGGGGCAGGUACGCGUGUGGAAGAUCGAUCCGUACGUGCAAAGCUUGAUUGGGGUGCUGAAGGAACAUUACGGUCCAAUCGAAUCGGUGCACAUCAACAACUACGACACGGAAGUCGUUUCGGCGUCGCGGGAUGGAUCGUGCGUUAUUUGGGACCUGAUACGCCUGACCCGGAAGCACGUGAUCUUUGCGCACACGCAAUUCAUUGCUGCACAAUAUUUUCCGACCGGUGUGCAGAUACUGACCGCGGGGUCGGACAAGCUGAUCGGCUACUGGGAAGCGUACGACGGUAGUUUGGUGCGCGAGGUGGAAGGCUCAAAGUCGGGGCCGAUCAACGCGAUCGACAUGAACAUGAUGGGCGAGUACUUUGUGUCGGCCGGUACGGAUCAGAUUGUGCGGCUGUGGAACUAUCAGCUCGGUGUGGAGGUGGCGGUCGGCAUUGGACAUGCCAGUGCCAUCACGUCCGCCCGUUACAGCCCGAAUGGAAAGUUUCUCGUGACGGGAUCUAGCGAUGGAGGUAUCUUUGUUUGGAAAGUUCCGGAGAAAUUCCACAUAAAAAUACCGGACGAUAUUUCCAACGCCAUCAAGGACGAGCAGCAGCAGCAGCAACAAGCACCUUCGAAAACGAACAAACCCCCGACACCGAUGGCAGCCGGGAACAAACCGGUCAAAAGUUCCUCCUCACAAAUGGUUCGGAAAACGACUCCAUUAUCGUCCGGGGCGCGUAGCGUUGGCAUCAUCCCCGGAGGCAACCGGAGCAACGAGGACAUCCGGGUGCAUGCCUCCGGAAAAUCUUCACGCGCGAGCCAAAUCGCCGAAUGUCCCGCGAUCGAUCCGAACGCACAGCCAACGAUCGAUCCGUGCGUUGAUACAGCCUCCCUAGCGGAUCAUACCGAACAGCAGGAGCAGUGGGAGAUACGCUCGCAACAUUCCACCGGCAGUCAGAAUCGACUGUCGGAACAGUCACCCUUUGCAGUCGAUGCAGCCGACGGAGGAAAUUCGAAUAAGCCGUUACGCUCCGCAGGAAAACCGUAGUCGAGGCGGUGAAAUCGAUUGGAAAAAAUUUAUCGUGCAAAGGUUUAGUGUUUUUUUACAACAGUUUACAUGUAUUUAUGACACAUCUUAUACUCAAUAGCUGCUCCCCAUUGCGAGGAGAUUCGUAAUAAAGGUAUCGAUUUC